GGGAAGCGACAGACGAAGCUCCGUGACUUUAGCAAAUCGCGGCCAACCCAAAGUUGCGCGUUCCAUCUGUGCCUGGCAUAUAUCAUCGAUUUUGUUGCCAACGACACCAAACUGUACCAACAUACCUCAAUUUCUUUCCUCUCGCCUCUCUUCUCGCCUUCGAUAUCGAUAUAGUAGAGGGUCAACAUGUUUAGAAACAACUACGAUAACGACUCCGUCACCUUUUCACCUCAAGGUAGAAUAUUCCAGGUCGAGUACGCUCAAGAGGCUGUAAAGCAAGGUUCUGUCGUCGUUGGAGUCGUCAGCAAGAAGCAUGUCGUUUUGACCGCGCUCAAGAGAAAUGCAGAGGAGCUAUCCUCGUACCAGAAGAAGAUCGUUGGUGUGGAUGACCAUCUAGGGGUGGCUCUAGCAGGUCUUGCCUCCGAUGCCCGUGUCCUCUCAAAUUUCAUGAAGCAACAAUCCCUCUCCUCUAAAAUGACCUACGGCCGCCCCAUACCCGUCGAGCGCAUUGUCAAUAUGAUCGGUGAUCGAGCCCAGACGAACACACAACACUACGGCAAGAGACCCUACGGUGUCGGACUAUUAGUGGCAGGCGUUGACGAGGUGGGACCACACCUAUUCGAAUUCUCGCCGUCAGGUAUGGUCCAGGAGAUGCUCGCAUGCGCAAUUGGUGCCCGGAGUCAGAUGGCUAGGACAUAUCUGGAGAGACAUCUGGAAGAGUUUGCAGAUUCAAGCCGGGACGACCUCAUCAAGCACGCUUUGAUGGGUUUGAAGGAGAGUCUUGCACAAGACAAGGAACUGACGGUGGAGAACACCAGUCUGGCAGUGAUUGGGGUGGGAGAAAAGGAUGGCCGAAGGAAGCUGGAGAGCUUCAAACUGUACGAUGGUCAAGAUGUUGGCCCUCUCCUGGAAGUGAUUGCGGAAUCAACAUCUACAGAAGAAGCAGGUGGAGAUGCCAUGGAAACCGACGCUUCAUAGACGACCAAGAUGCAUCCGGAACGGCGUUUGGAGCGAAUAGGCUGUCAAUACGGCAGCUAAGGGGCGUACCCAUG